UUCAGUCAAUAUACAAAGAGAAACGUACAUAUACUUACACGACUGGUUAAAAAUGGCAAAUAUGUACAGACUCAUCAUUGUUGGACAUAAUUUAGAAUCAAAGUGUGAAAUAGCAAACGCCCUGGUUAAACAUAAAGGGUCUUUCAAGACAUUGUCAUGUCGCACAAAACCUCUCGUGAAAGCCUUGAAGAAUUUAACACUGCUCGGAAACCAGGCGAGCUGCCAUGUGACACCUAAUCUAAAUACCCCUGGUUGGGAAUAUUCGGUUCCGGCAAUCAAAGGCUUUAACUCGAAGAUAUUUCUAUACGUUAUCUUCCGUGGAAAUGUUGAUGUUGAUGAUGAUUCCUCCUUCAAGUAUGUCCAGAAAACAUUCACAAACCCAAAAAUUAUUCCUGUCGUGUAUUGUCAAACAAAGCUGAUUGCAGCGGGGCUUGGUUCUGCUUAUAUCAACUAUUUGAAAAUACAUGGCGAUAUGGGUUUCCAAAGUAAAUGUGAAAUCGGCGAACGCGUUCUUCAAAAGGUUAACGAAGCAAUAAAAACUGAAACGCCGCAGUGGAAAAUGACAAGCGACUUUUACAUACCAAGUAAAACGUACCGUCAACCAAGGCCAACACCACACACAUCGCCACCAGUUGAACAAAUAGAAAUAGAUACAGACAAGAUCCAAGUGAAAGAAGAAGGAAAACCAUUGCCAGACCUCCGCGAAGAAGACUGGUUAAUGUUUUACAAGGCAAUGGUUCGAGGACAAGCUAGAUCGAACCAUAUACGUGUCAACGUAGUCGGGAAUCAAGGUGUCGGGAAAACGACACUGGUCCGAAGAUUGCAAGGAAAGAAAACCGUUUGUCCCGACAGAAGACAAGCUCCCACUGAAGCACUUGAUAUCGAUGAAAAUAUUUGUCACUGUGUGCAAGCGGCAAACGGGACGGAGAAGCAAUGGGAAACAAACCUUUUCGGUAUCGAUGAUCUAAACGUUCAGAGGUUAGCCGAAGCCAUGUCAAAUCUGACAGCAAAAUCUGAAGGCUCUGACAGGAGCUCGCCGUAUGAGGAAGAUAUUUUUGAUGAGGAACUACUUCUAGGAUCAGACGAAAUCGUUGAAAUAGAAGAUGUUACAAGUACAGCAACACAAAACCAAUAUUACGAAGCCGCCUACAAGGCUAAGUUCAAGCGAGAGCAACACAAGUUGAUUUUGCAGCAAGCCAAACGCAGACGUGAAUGUGGUCUAUCAAGUCAGGUGUAUGUAUCCUUUUGGGACUUUGCCGGACAGUCAACGUAUUAUUCCACACACCAGGCAUUCCUGUCACCGCGCGCUGUUUAUCUGGUUCUAUUUGAUUUAAGCAAGCCGCUUGAACUUAACCUUUUCGACAGUCUUAGUUUCCGCACUGGGGGAUCCAAGAAAUGUACUGUGAAAGAAUCUUUACAGUUUUGGACAUCAUCAAUCAGUGCAUUCACAUCCGAUGAAAGCAAUGGUCGUGCUCCGAUUGUUCUUGUCGGAACACACGGAGAUAAGAUCAGCGACGAAGAUGCACAAAAAAAGUUUAAAGAGGUCCGAGCAGCAAUUAACAUGGAAAGAGUCGAGUGCUUGAAGAUUGACAAUACUCUGAAUGCUGAAUAUAGUCCGUCAGACUUGGAAGACUUACGAAAUACCUUACUCGAGUUGGGGCUGGGCAUUUCGGAUGAAUGGGUACCUGCAAAAUGGCUAGACCUUGAAGAUGCGCUUCACCAACAAAAAGUCGGGGGAAAACACGUUUUAAAUUUUGAAGAACUUCAAAAAAUAAAUCGGGAUAUUGAUUUCCCGUUAGAAAACGACGAGUGUUUGAAAUCAUUUUUAGACCACCUGCAUUGCCGUGGUCAGUUGAUGUAUUUUCCCGAAAAUCUUCCCCAUGACCUCGUUAUUUUGAAUCCGGUCGUUUUGGCCAAAUUUCUUAAUGCAUUAAUGAGGUUUGAUCAUGCGGAAAAACAAAAAACUACAAACGUUGAUGCUACCAAUAUGAACGGAAUAGUAUCCGAAGAGUUUAUUUCACAAACAGCGGGAAUUCUCUUUGAAAAGGAGAAGAUUGUUGCAAACGUUGAAGCACUGAAGAAGAUGUUAAUCAACUUAAAGAUUAUGCUCUCGUUUACGCAAGAAGAAUUAGGAGGAACAAAGUACAUUUUACCAAGUUUGUUGUCAGACAAAGCGCCGAUUACCUCCUCAAAACCACCAAAGGAAAAAGCGCCAAAAAUAAAAAUCGGUUUUCAAAAGAGCUUUUUGCCACCGGGAUUUUACCAUUUGCUGUUGGUGUCUUUAGUCACUGAAGUAGAUGAUGUGUCGGUAUCAACGGUAGAAGACCAUCCUCAGCUCUAUUGCCUUGGGGCGUCGUUGUAUUUGAAAUACGAGACAGUUCUCAUCGAGAUUUAUUGGGAAAAUUCAAACAUCUUCAUUGAACUGAACAAUUAUUCCAUAAUGCGAUCCUUACGAGAUAUGAAAGUGGAAACCUUUGUUGAGAACGUGGAGCUUGCGGUUCAAAAAACUCUGGCUAUAUAUAGACAAUCGUCUGUUGGUUACAUUGUUUCAAUUGAAUGUCCAGAUCAUCGAGACGUGUUUGUAUCUCUUGCAAAGCUAAGGGCAAAAGACGAAGUGAUGUGUCCAGGAAUGCAUGCGCUUUCCCUAGAAUAUAUUGUCAAGAAGAUACAAUUCGACAUAGCCUUGAGAGAUGACCCAGAACUGAGCAACGAGCCGAGCCCAAAGCAACUCGCAAGACUUGCAAAGUUUUUGAGGAAGGAAGAUUCAACGAGUUUAGGGCGGCUUGUAGAUUUAAACACUGCUUCCAUCGAACAAGUGCGAAAUGACCACAUAGAUACGUCUAUGCAGCUAUUGCAAAUAUUGCUUAAGUGGAAAGGGAGGAUGGUGAGGAGAACGCCAACAUUGCAACUUCUCGUGAAAAUAUUGACAAGGACAGGAGAUUACGAAGUUGGUGACAUAAAAGGGGCUCUCCUCGACGAGGUUCAAACGUAUGAAUUUGAUUUGCAGCCUACAGUGUUAAGCAAACCUCCUUCUCAACGCACCAUGAUGACUGUUAGCAGUCAUGUCGGAUCUGUUUAUCCAUUGAUUCUUUUGGAACUUGGACUCGAGCUUCCGAGUAUUCAACAAUCAAAGUACAACAACCCAAACAACAUGAGGGGAGUUAUCUUUGAAUUGCUAGAUAAGUGGCAGCAGCGAUAUACCGAUACAGCGACGCUACAGAGACUAUUAAGUGUAAUGAAACAUUAUGAAACACCCACAGACAAUGUUGUUAAAUGUCUUGCGAGCAUGACAUCUGAGCAAGCCAUGUCGGAAAGGUAAAUAUAACUUCAAACGAUAAACGGGUUUUCGUCGGGCCCGCUAUAACAUGGCCAUGAAUUGGGUAGUUUCAAAAUAACUUCGCACUAAUGUUCAACAUUGAAGUAAAAAAAAAGUGUGUGCAAGAUAGGUGAAAGGUCAGGCUCACACUAAAGUGCCAUUGGUCAAACAUUGGAGUCUGGCAUUUCCGGUCUGUAACUUGACUGUGCACUGAGGGUUUUAAAAUAUCUUCGUACAUAUGUCUACCAUGAGAAGGGCAUAUAGCAUGCAAUACCUAAGUAGGUGGGCCAGAGAUCAAGUUCACAUACAAGGAUGAUUGGUCAGAUAAAGUUGGUUUUAGUCUUUAUGACUUCACUGUUAUGCAUAACAUUUAAGGUUCAAAGAUAAGGCUUCCUCAGAACAGUUAAAUGAUGGACGGGGUCGACAUUUUUGGCGUUCGCCUAUAGACAUCUGGUUUAUUUUUCGAGUGAAAUGAAAGUAACGCGACGCAUGCCAAUAAUAUUUAUUUUUGUAAUUCAAAACUUUGGUUAACAAAUUCACAAUUUUAAAUGAAAAACGAUUUAUUGUGUUAAUGUUAAGUUGUGAGUGAUGUUUUAUUGUGGAUUACUGUUUAUGUGUUCUAGAUGGUUAGUAAUUUGAAAUUUCACUUAGUUCGUUUUUAAGAGAUAUUGUCAUAAUGCUAAACAUUAAAACAAAAGCUAAUAACAUUUCUUACCUUCAUAUUUUUGAAGAGCUUCAUUGUUAUAUCAUAUUAAUUCGCCUUUGUUAAUCUGAUGAGAUUCAGUGCCAUAUCAUAUUAUACCUUUCAUAAAUCUUAGCUUAGUAGGUCUUCAUUGUUAAUAGUUAGAUGACAUAGUCAAUUAUUAAUGAUUAAGAAUUAGCGACACGAGCGUAGCGAGAGAGCCCGUUAUAAAUAAUAAUCAUUAAGAUUUUAUUUGAUGUCAUCUGAGAAUACAGAUUCAUUGGAUAACACAUUGUCAACGUAAAAAAUGACACAAUGAGUGGUUACCGAACGAGUGGCAGUAGGAGUGCCCGAUCGUCAUUGCAUUUGCUCAAAAUGUAGGUUGUAUUCUAAACCAUAUUAUACAUUUCAUAAAUUUGAGGAACUUCAUUAUUAUUUAAAAGUAUACCUUUCCUAAAUGUUCAGAGCUUCAUAACUGUACCAUAAUAUACCUUGAGUAGGAACAAGUUUUACUUAGUACAUUUUAUAGACCAUUUUCAGUGAUUAUAUAGGUAUAAGUUGUUAAUACAACACUUUACAUGGAUUCUUUCUUUUAUUUACCAGCUCACAGAAAAUCUAUAAAUACAAUAUAAAACAACAAUAAAAAACAUGUUUAAAAGAAAUAAAUCAACGUAAAUUAAUACUAUGUGGAUUACGACUGUUUUACCUUAUAUUCCGCCUUGUAACAUCGUUUUCACAAGGUUUUUUUACCAGAGAAAAGUUUAUUCUUUUCUUCGGAAGUAUGAACUGUUACAAUUAUAAUUUCAAUAUCAUCAUCAAAACAUAGAUUGGAAUUAAUGUCCGAGAGCAUAUAUUUUCUUCAGACAGGUCGAUUCCACCCCAACAAUCCAUGCUGUAAUUGUCUUUCGGUUAGUCCAUAUAUAUCUCCAUGUUUGUAAAAUGUUGUGUAUGGUGUGAUGUCUUAAACAGGUUUUAUAUAUUUAAUAUUUAAUUCCAUUGUUCGAUAUUGAUAUCUUUUUCGUUCCAUACUUACUUUCAUUUUUAUUUUUUUUGCAUAACCAUUCCUUACCUGAACGUCAAACUACGAAGUUUGUUUCGUUAUCAUCAGAUUUAGAUAUUGUAUACCAUCAGUUUAUCAUAUAACUGUGUGUAACCAAUUUAAAAAAUGUAUAUCGUUUCACAUCCUGAUGAGACGUUUUAUGUCAUUACAUAGUCUACUAUAAGUUAUUCGUUUGUAUUAUUUUGUAUUAUAUGUUAUAACUGAUUUUGGAAAAUCUCAACCGCAUGUAUACGAACGCAAGUUUUGUAACAUUGCACUGUUUUUGUUUGUUUGUGUACUUCAUUUUACGAUGUGUAAAUGUAUCGUCAUGCAAGUGAAACAUGAUGCUAUUUCUCUAAGUAAAACAUAUAUCUCAGCGUGUUUGCUUUCUAAUUUAGCUAGGUUCAUUCUGUAAUUAUAUUGAUUUCAAAACUAUGACAGGAAGAAUACAUAAAUAUUAAAUGCUAACAAAUGUAAUUAGACAAGUAUUGUUAGACAACGAAUUAUUUCAAGUGAACAGACGUGAAAAGGUUAUACUGAAUAAAUAAAGGAAAUUUGCUGAUUUCACUGCAAAACCGGAUUUUAUUGCACAUAUGCAUGUGAUCAUAGAAAAUAGAAAUAGUUUCAAGAUUAAAUCCCGAUCGAUUUAUUCAGAACGUUAAUUUAUAUGACGAUAAUUGCAUGUUGCAUUCGUCUGAUGCUACCAAGCCUUUUGAUUGUAUGCACUAAUGUCUUAUUGGUAAAAUGUUAAAUGAAUUAUUUCUAAUUUCUAAUGUUAUGAAAGCAUUAUACAAAGAAUGUGUGAUUUUUCUGUCUUGAAUGUUAUUUUACCCAUUGAAGCUUUUGUUUUAUAAAACAUGUUACUGAAUUUAUACACGUCCUGUCGCGUACAAAUAUUUUCCUCCGGCGGCCUGUUUUAAUCCAGAUAUACAUGUCCAUAAAACUUUAACCAGUAUUGAAAAUGAAUACUAAGUUGAUAAAAUAAAACUAAACUUGA